AUUGUGUUUUGCUCAGUGUGUUCAUUUAUUUGCAUGUUUAGUUGUAUCAGUCUAAAACUAUUGAUUUGAAUUAUCUUCGUAAUUCUUUAGUGCAACAUUGAAUACUCUAACAAUGCAGUGUCAACUAUGGAUGGGAAGUUUGGAGCCAAAUAUGACGGAGAGCUUUAUAAUGGCUGCAUUUCAUCGGAUGGGGCAGCGACCAUUGGCUGUAAAAGUAAUGCGUAAUAAAUUUACUGGCGAACCUGCUGGUUAUGCAUUUGUGCAUUUUCAGACAGAUGAAGAAUCAAUUGAUGCUAUGCAUAAACUCAAUGGUAAACCAAUACCCGGUACAUUCCCAGUAGUUAGGUUUCGCCUGAACACAGCAUCGAGGGAAGCCCGUACGAACAUGCAACAGGAGAGAGAAUUCUCGGUGUGGGUAGGAGACCUGAGCUCUGAUGUGGACGACUACUCACUUUACAGAGUGUUCGCUUCGAAAUACUCAUCUAUUAAAACUGCAAAAGUAAUAUUGGACAGUUCAGGAUACACAAAAGGUUAUGGCUUCGUCAGAUUCGGCAACGAAGGGGAACAGAGAAACGCUUUGUACGCAAUGAAUGGGUAUACAGGGCUCGGCAACAAACCUCUUAAGAUUUGUACAGCGGUACCCAAGCCAAAAACUAUAGUCACUACACAAAGUACAUCCACAACGACCACCACAAGCGCUAGCUAUAACAGCGGAACGGAGUACAGCCAAUAUUAUGAUCCGUCUGCCUAUUGGCAAAAUUACUCAGCGUGGUCUGGCUACUAUGGGCAGGGGGAGCAGGCGGCCGCGGCUGCACAGGCGGCACCGGUCGUGGAACCGGCACAAUCCGCCGCCGUCAAGGCACAAAAUGAUGAUUUGGCGCUAGUCGAUCACAAGACGUCUAUAGACAUAGACCAAUUGAACCAGGAGUUUCUGGAUCCAGCGUUGUCCCUUUGGGACACCCUGGAGUCGUCGCAAUGGUUCCCCCACGAAGUGGUCGAGGCGCAUUGACAGUGCGCUUAUGAAUCGGACUGAAGUUUAACUGUUGUGUAGAG